AUGAAGUUCAAAUUAAUUACUUUGUUUAGUAUUCUUGCCAGUGGAAUCUUUGCUGAUGAUGAAACAUCCACCACUUCGAACACAAGUUCAAGAUCCUCCACCUCCAGAAGCACGAGCAGCAGCUCAACAGCCUCAAGGUCAUCCUCAUCCUCAACCUCAAACUCUUGCUCAUUUUCAAGAACCACCAUUUCUAACGCCACUGCACUUCAACAAUUGGCGUCAUGCCCAACUUUAGAUGGAGAAAUUACUAUUUCCGGUAACGAAUUUGCCUCAAUUGAUUUACCCCAAUUGGAGGAAAUUGCUGGCGACGUGACUGUUAUCAACUCAAGAUCAAUUGUUGCCAUCAAUUUGAAUCAAUUGACAACAAUUGAUGGUAAAUUAACCAUUGUCAACAUGACUCAAUUGAAUUCGAUUGAUUUAUCAUCAUUGAGAAAUUCACGCGACUUGGAAUUGGUUUCAUUACCAUCCUUUGCCAACUUAGUUUUAAACCAGGAAUUGCAAAGUGCUGGAAGAGUUAUCUUGUCUGACACUGCAUUGACCAAUUUGAAUGGUUUGACUUCGUUUAACAAUAUUGAGUAUAUGAAUAUCAAUAAUAAUAAAAACAUUACUCAGAUUCAAUUCGCCAAUUUAAAAAGUGUUACUGAUGCGUUGAUUUUGAGUUUUAACAAUGAUGAUGCCGUUGUUGAAUUGAAUGAUUUGGAAUGGGCGGCUAAUUUGACAAUUCAAUCCGUGGGUUCAUUAUCAGCUCAAAAUUUGAGUGCCGUUAAUGGCACGUUGCAAAUUAGUUAUAACUUAUUUGAAUCAUUGAAUCUUUCCACUUUGGGCUACGUCGGUUCAAGUUUGCAACUUUUUGCUCAUGAUGAAUUGACUUCAGUUGAUUUUAAGUCGUUGAGAGAAAUUGGCGGUGAAUUGAGUCUUUUCAACAAUUCACAAUUGCACGAUUUACAAAACACAUUCCCUAAUUUAGAAGUAGUUGAAGGAGCAGUGGCCAUAAGUGGUGACAUUAGAAAUUUGUCAAUGUCUAAUUUAGAAAAAGUCCGAGGCGAUUUCCAAUUGAAUUCAACGUCAGAGGACUUUGAUUGUUCUGAAUUUGACCAAUUGCAUGAGGAUGGAGAUAUCGAAGGCAAUAACUAUAUUUGUUCAACUGCAGCUAAUGAAGAUGAGUUGCAAUCAGCUACUUCCACUCGUAGUGGUAGCUCAUCAACUAGCACUGGUUCAGCAAGUGAUGGAGAUAAUUCAGCUCAAAGAUCAAACAGUGCUGAUAAGUUGAUCAUGUCAAGCUUACUUAUGCCUCUUGGUUUGAUCAUGGCCAUUGCUCUUUUAUAA